CGCAGCCGCAGACAGCAGCCAUGGCUAUGCAGCUGCUGCCGCCACGUUCGAUGUCAUCGACGCUGACGCCGCCGCUGCGAAAGGCGGGCAGCGUGCGCGAAUCUGGCGAGACCGCGGCGCUGGCCAAACGGCGCAGUCGCCUGCAGGAGCUGCGCGCCGCAAGCAGCAGCCAGGCCAGCGAAGCGGCCAUUGCGUUUGGUGUCGGCAAGCGUGAUUCGAAGCGUCGCCAUGGCGCCAGCGCCGACGCCAGCAGCGGCAGCGGCAGCAGCAAAAGCUCAACAGCCGCCGCCAUGCGCAAAUCACAGUCGCUGGACGCCGCCGAAAGCUAUUCGCUGGCCAGCAUUCAGUCGCCCCUCUGGGUGACGCUCACCAAUGCGCGCACCAUUGAGGAGCUGGCACAGCAGAAACUGUAAAUAUUUUACAGACAACAAACAGGAAACGAAACGAAGAAGCAACGGAAAGAAGGAAGGAAGAUCAAAAAUACCCCACCAACCACCAACCAGGCUUGUUGUUGUUGCAGCUGUUAAAUGUUAAUGAGGAGUUACCCCCUCCAAAUCCGCAUUAUGAAAUGAAAUCCAACGGUUUUUCCUAUAUAGUCCAAAUAGCUGAAUCCACCUUGUAAAUGUAUAAGCAAAUGUAACUGCAUAACGAGUAUUCAACAAUUUACAACAUUAGCAAUUGCAUAUAGUUAAGCUAAUGACCAAAAUUAGUUCAAAAUAAAAAAGAAAAUGUAAAGCA